UUGUGGAGAAGGUUGAUGAACUGGUGAGGUUUUGGUUUCUUGCUGCUCUUUUCUUGUAGCAGGUUUUGACAUUUUUUAGAUGUCAGACGCUCAACAGAAUUGAGUGAAUUAUCUAUUCUCCACCAAACCUGUAGCAGUUGAGCUCAUCCCUUCUCCUCAUAAACACUUUACAAUCUCAUCUCUUCAUUGAUCAUAUAUGAUAUAGUCUUACUGUUAAUGAAAAGUUUGUGUGACUGUCUUUUGUUAAGAAAUUUCUAAAAAAGGUUUAAGAGACUACAUGUUGUGUGUGUUUAGAAGAAAGCUUAGUUUCCUUUUCUCAAGACUUAGAUGGGUCAUCAAGAAACGGGUGAGGGCUAGAGUUAUUGUCAGGAGGUUAAGGAGAGCUCGAAGAACAGAGAGCCUUGAAACAGAAGUGUCUUCGAUCCAUCUGAGAUCAAACUCCAGAAGACAUAUCCGUGUUGCAACGUUCAACGUGGCAAUGUUCUCACUUGCACCCGUCGUGCAAAACAUGGAGGAAACAACUUUGCUUGAUCAUGUAGAUGACAACAACAUUAUAAGCCCAUCUCCAAAAGGGAUUCUGAAGCAGUCUCCGUUACAUUCUUCUGCAAUCAAGAAACCAAGGGUUUGUAUUAACCUCCCAGACAACGAGAUAUCCUUAGCACAGAGCUACAGCUUUCUAAGCGUGGGGGAGGGAGAGGAAGAUGAUAACGAGGGGAAGGAAAACAGAGGAAGUAACUCGAUGAGAUCACCUGUGUGUCUUCCUUCUUGUUGGUGGGAUCAAGAAAGCUUUAACGGAUACAACAGUAGAAGAAGCAUAGCUGAGUUGCUAGGAGAUUUGGAUGCAGACAUAUUGGCUUUGCAAGAUGUAAAAGCAGAGGAAGAGAAGCGUAUGGAGCCAUUAUCGGAUUUGGCUUCUGCUAUAGGUAUGAAGUAUGUGUUUGCUGAAAGCUGGGCGCCUGAGUAUGGCAAUGCUAUACUGUCCAAAUGGCCCAUCAAGAAAUGGAGAGUCCAAAGAAUAGCUGAUGCAGAUGAUUUCAGGAAUGUGUUGAAGGUGACUAUAGAGGUCCCAUGGGCUGGAGAAGUAAACGUGUAUUGUACUCAACUUGACCAUCUAGAUGAGAACUGGAGGAUGAAGCAGAUCGAUGCAAUUACUCGAGGAGACGAAUCUCCACACAUCUUGUUGGGAGGCUUGAAUUCUCUUGAUGGCUCUGAUUAUUCCACAGAAAGAUGGAACCACAUUGUAAAGUAUUAUGAGGAUACUGGAAAGCCAACGCCUAGAGUUGAAGUGAUGAGAUAUCUUAAGGGAAAAGGAUACUCGGAUUCAAAAGAAUCGGCUGGAGAAUGCGAGCCUGUAGUCAUUAUUGCGAAAGGCCAAAAUGUACAAGGAACAUGCAAGUAUGGGACACGAGUCGACUACAUUCUGGCGUCUCCAGAGUCACCUUACGAGUUUGUUCCAGGCUCGUAUUCAGUGGUUUCUUCCAAAGGUACUUCUGAUCACCAUAUAGUCAAAGUCGACUUAGUUAUAACCAAAUUCCGGCCUAGUGGUAGCUUCAAGCAUUCUCGCAAGAAAGCAAAGCAGAAGAUCAUCCGGAUGAAAGCUAAUUUGAUGUCGUAAGAUACAUGUACUUAUGUAAAUAAGGAAAUAUUAUGUCUUCAUAAAGUUUGGCUAAUGAACUAAUAUAGAGAUAAAUCAA